AUGUCGUCGCUUCACAACACCAGAAUCUCGGCACUCCUGGCCUGGGUGAACAGUCUGAAGCUGGGCGAUGCCGUCACUUCCCUAUCUCAGCUCCAGGACUGCAGCCUCUUCCUCAAGAUCAUCGGCAAAAUACAUGGCACAGAAGAGGGGCAGGAUGUUUCCCAGAAGAGUCUGGCAGAGCGGGUGACCCAAGUUGUCAGCUUCCUUCAAAAAAUCUGCAAGCACAAGCCCCUCCCGCACAGCCUGGUCUCCGAGGAGAAGCUUCUAGCAGCGGAAGAGCUGGAGUUAGCCAAGGUGGUGACGCUGCUGCUGUACUACGCUUCCAUGAGCGAUAAGAUCCCUCGGGAAUGGACUGCGCUGGAACACGGCCUCCAGACGGAGAUGGCCAAGUUCCUGAACUUCAUGCUCUACAACGAAGAUUGUCUCAGCGAAGAUCUGGAGAACUUCCUCCAAAAGAAAAUGCCUCCAGCGUCCUCCAGCUCCUCCAGUGCCAGCUCGGAAGAGAGCACCCCGCCGAAACGAGGGGUGCCUUUCUUGAAACUGCACAAGAUCGCCUCUUCUUCCAGCAUGAAUAAGUUGCUCCCUCCCUCCUCCACGUCCCCCAUGGGGGAGAUCAUGCAGACCCCCCAGUUCCAGAUGAGGAGGUUGAAGAAGAUGCUGGAAGCGGAGCGGGAGAAUCGGGAUGAACUGGAGCACGAAUUGGCCGAGAAUCGGAAGCUCAUUGACGAGAAAGACACCCGGAUCCUGAUGCUGAAGCAGAGGAUCGACCGCCUGACUCUCCUGCAGGAACGGCAGGCGGCCGCGGAUCAGCUGGAGCCCAAGGAGCUGGAGGAGCUGCGGGAGAAGAACGAAAGCCUCCUCUUGCGCCUGCACGAGACGCUGAAGCAGUGCCAGGAUCUGAAGACGGACAAGCGGCAGAUGGACCGGAAGAUCGGCCAGCUCUCCGAGGAGAACGGGGACCUCACUUUCCGGCUCCGAGAAUUUGCCCGCACCCUGACGGAGGUUCAGGAGGCCAUGACCGAAAUGAGCGAAGGGCAGGACAAGUCCCUGAAGGAGUGGGAGGAGCGGAGGAGUCGCCUGGAAGCGGAUCUCCACGGAGCCCUGAGCGAGAAGAGCUGCCUGGAGGAGCAAGUGGAGAUCCUGCGGGGGAAGAUGGCUCUGCUGGAGGACCUGGAAGGCCUGAACCAGCAAGUGGAGAGCCUCCGCAGCAAGCAGGCCGAACUGCAAGCCACCGUCCUGCGCCUGGAAGAGGAGAAGCGUCUUCUGGAGGCCAGCCUCCAGUCGGAGAGGAGAAGCUUCGAAGCGGAGAAAGCCCAGCUGACGGGCCUCCUGACGGAGCUGCAGAAUUCCAGCUCCGAAAUCUCCCGGGCCAAGGAGAAGCUGGAGCAGGACUGCCGGGCCCAGGAGGAAUGCUUGAUCGCUCAGGCCAACAGCCUCACCGCCGAGAUCGCCAAGCUGACGGGCUUCCUGCGCCAGAGGGACGAGGAGCUGCUGGCUUUGCAUCAGCAGGUGGAAGCCGAGCGGAGCCAGAAGAGCCAGCUAGCCGAGGACUGGGAGAAGAAGGAGCAGAGGUCCCGGGCGGCCAUUGAAGACCUGAGCCACCAGGUGGACCAGCUGAGCAGCUCCUUAAAGCAGAGCAACCAGAAGGUGUCCCAGAUCGAAGCCGCCAGCCAGGAAGAGUACAACAGGAUCGCCCAGGAGAAGGAGCUGGCCGUCAGGCAGCUGCAGGACAAAGACGUCGAAGUGGCCUCCUUGGCGGAGCGGCUGCAGUCCCUGGAGCAGGCUCGCACCUCUUCCGCCGUGGAGCUCCACCAGGAGAAGAUGGAGGCCAGCCAGAAGAUCCAGGCCCUGGAGGCCAGGGUCUUGGCCCUCACCGCCCAGAGCCAGCAGAGCGAGGCCCAGGCGGCAGCCAUCCCGGCCUUGAAGAGCCAGUUGCGGGAAGCUCAGCAGAAACUGGCCGAGAAGGAGAAGCUGGCCAAAGAGCACGUUCAUCUCCAGGAGAGGCUGAUGAUCCUGGAGGAGUCUGUCCGCAACACCGAGGGGAUCCUGGAGGACGAGAAGAGGAGGGCGGCGGAGUCCCUGGAGAGCAACCUCCGGCAGAUCGUGGAGCUGGAGGAGCAGAUCCAGGCCCUGACCAAGCACAAGGACCAGGCGGUGGAAGGGAUGGGGGAGGAGAAGGCCAAGAGGCAAGCGUUGGAGGGCCAGGUGCAGCGGCUGGAAGAGGAAUCCAGGCGGAAGCUGGAAGAGCUUCAGCGUCAGCUGGCCGAGUUGUCUUCUGCCAAAAGGGAGCUGACGGAACGCAGCGGGCUGGCCCAAGCAGCCAGGACGGGCCAGGAGCAGAGUGGCCAGAAGUUUCAGGCUGACCAGAAGAAGUUGGCCGCGCUGGAAGGCCAGCUGAAAAAUCUCACCGCCCAACACCAAGAAGCUCUGGCUGCUCUUCAAGCCAAGUGGUCUCAGGCCGUUUCCCAAGUCAAGGAGAAGACGAGCUCGGAAGAGAAGCUCCGAGCCAAGGUGGCCGCCUUGGAGAAGCAGGUGGCCGCAGCACGUCACGAAUCGGCUCAGGCCAAGAAGGAUGGGCACGAGGCUGACCAGGAGCUUACAGAGACCGUCAAGAGACUGGCUGAAGAGCAGCUGAAGAGGCAGGAGCUGGAAGCCAGAGUGAAGCAGCUGGGAGAGCAAACCAGUAAAAAUCUGACCACGGCCGAGUCCAGUUUGUCCAGCCUCAGGGCCACGCUGAAGGAGAAAGAGCAGGAGGCCGAAAAGGUCUCCGCCCAGGUGAAGACGCUGAAGGCCCAGUUGGAGGAAGCUCUGCAGCAGCAGAAAAGGCAGCUGGCUCAGCACCAGGAGGAAGCCAAGCGGCGGGCAGCGGAGGAGGAACGUGCCCAGGCCGAGCUGGCCGCAGAGAAGGCCCAGAAGACGGCCCUGGAGGUGCAGCUGCAGAACCUCACCAACGAGCACCGGGUGGAGGUCUCCGGUCUCCAGGAGGAGGUGGCCAGGGCCCAGGACUUGGUGGGCGAGAAGGAGAGGGAGCUGGAGGAGCUGCGGCUGAAGAACGUCUCCCGCUGCGAGGAGCUGAGGGACCUGCAGAAGACGGUGAGCAAGCUAAAAGGAGAGCUGGCCUCAGUGGAGGCGCUGAAGGAGAGGGAGGCCAAGAUGGAGAACGAACUGCAGGGCUUCCUGGAAGUGGCCAGAACCCGGGAAGCCGAGAUAGACAGCCUGAAAGCCAUGGUGCGCUCGAAGGACGCGUCCCUCAAAAGCCUGGAGGAGCAGAAGCUCCAGUGGGAGAAGGAGUCGGCCUCCAGCCGGGAGCUGUACGAGAAGCAGCUGAAGGACGGCGAAGAUCUCCACGGCCAGGUUGGCAAGCUGGAGAAGCAAUGCAAGGAGCAGCGGAGCACCAUCACCAAACUGGAGAAGCUGACGGCCGCCUCGAAGGAGCAGCAGCACGCCGAGGCGGAGGCCUUGAAGCGGGAAGCCGGCCACCAGAGGCAGAAGGUCUCGGAGCUGGAGAAGUUGCUGGAGGCGUCCAAGGCCACCGUGGAGAAGCUGAAGAGGGAGCUCCUGGAGACGGAAGAGGAGCUGGUCCGGAGUCGAAAGGCUGUGUCAGGCGCUCAGGAAGAGUUGGCCUCCUUGCGGACCUCGGCUCAGGAGAAGGACAGGCUGGAGGAGAGCCGGAAGGAGCAAAUGUCCCGGUACCGACAGGAAGCGGAGAGGAAGGCCAGCCACAUCAGCAACUUGGAGCAGGACCGGUCCAUCCUGCACCGGCAGCUGAUGGAGAAGGAAGCGGAGAGCAAGGACCUCCGGCGCCUGCUCAUGGCCGAAUCGGAGAAGAGCAAGAAGCUGGAGGAGAGGCUGAGGCUCCUCCAGUCCGAGAUGGCCACGGCGGCUUCCCGGGCGGCGGAGAGGUGCUCCGCCAUGAAAGCCGAAGCCCAGAGCUCUCAGGAGCAGGCCGAGAAGCUGAGGCUGUCGGUGGACACCCUGAAGAAGGAGCUGAGCAGGUUCUCCAAGCGGGAGGAGGACCUCUGCCAAGAACUCAAGUCCUGGCAGGAGAAGACUUUCCAGAAGGAGCAGCUCCUCGCGGGCCAGCAGCAGGAGUUGGCCGGGGCUCAGGCUUUGAUUGGCGAGCUGACGCCCGUCAAGCGCUUGUACCAGCAGCUCCAGGCUGAGCAGGCCUCGCAGGGGGACCAGCAUCGGGAAGAGGUGGAGCAGCUGCAGAAGACCACCGGCCUCCUGCAGGCCGAGCUGAGCAGAACCAAGCAGGAGCUCUCGGAGACGGUCUCCCUCAAGGAGAGGCUCCUCCAACAGGAGCACCUUUUCCAGCAGCUUCAGGCGGAGAGCAGCGGGCACGCGGCGCGCCUGGCCACCCUCCAGCGGGCCCACACCCAGCUGGCCGAGGAGAAGAGAGAGCUGGCGGAGAAGGCCACUCAGGGGCAGCAGCGCCUGGAUACGGAGCUGGGCCAGGCCAAGCAGAAGCACGCUCUGGAGCUGGAGGCUGCCAGGGUGGAAUCCGAGAAGCUGGUGGCGGGGAGCAAGCGGGAGGUUGAGGAGGCCCAGAAGAAGCUGGAGGCCAUGGCCAAGACCUACGAGGACACCAAGCAUCAGCUGAUAGCUCAAGCAGAGAAGCUGGAGAAACAUCAGCGGGAACAAGCGAAGCAG